CCUUGCUUGGCAAUUCAUUAAAUAUGCAUACCGAGAAGUAGAGAUGCACAGAGAAGAAAAAUGUCGAGCUACCAUGGAACUUUCUCCUUGUUGCUACCCUUAUUCUUAACCAUAUCAGCCCUGUCCUUCAUAAUCAUUCUGUUGAAGAAACUGUCUCAAUUGAACAAAUCAUUAUCAGUGCCACCUUCUCCACCUAAGUUUCCAAUCGUAGGAAACCUUCACCAAAUCGGCUUGCACCCUCAUCGCUCUCUUCGAUCCUUGGCUCAAACUCAUGGCCCUAUCAUGUUGCUUCACUUAGGGAGCGUUCCAGUCCUUGUUAUCUCAUCCGCUAACAUGGCUCGUGAGAUCAUGAAAACCCAUGACCUUGUCUUUGCGGACAGGCCUAGUACUAGAAUUAGUAGGAUGCUUCUCUAUGACAACAAAGAUGUGGCCGCAGCUCCUUAUGGUGAAUACUGGAGGCAAACGAAAAGCGUCUGCGUUCUGCAUCUACUAAGUAACAGAAGGGUACAAUCUUACACGAAAAUCAGGGAAGAAGAGACGGCUCUAAUGAUUGAGACCGUCAAAAGUUACUGCUCUUCUUCUACACCAUUGAAUAUAAGUGAUUUGAUUAUAAGGGUUACCAAUCAUGUAGUGAGUAGAAUAGCUCUAGGCAGGAAGUAUAGCCCAAUAGAAGGAGGUAGAACGUUUAAGGAGCUGUUAGGGGAAUUUCUAAGUCUUUUGGGAGGUUUUGAUGUUGGGGACUAUAUUCCAUGGCUUGAAUGGGUGAACCGUGUUAACGGGUUGUAUGGUAAAGUGGAGAAAGUGGCUAAAGAACUUGAUAAUUUCUUAGAAAAAGUAGUUGAAGAACAUAUUGCUAGCGGCAGCCUCGAUAAAGACAACAACAGUAGGGAUUUUGUGGACGUUUUGCUUUGGAUUCAGAAAGAGAAUUUGGCUGGUUUUCCCAUUGACAGAACUUGCAUCAAGGCUAUCAUCCUGGAUGUGUUUGCAGCAGGUACAGAUACUACAUACACAGUGGUGGAAUGGGCACUGACAGAACUCCUGAGGCAUCCUGAAAUCAUGAAAAGGGUCCAAAAUGAAUUGAGAGAAAUCGCCAGAGAUAAAUCAUUUAUAACGGAGAACGAUUUGAGUAAAAUGCAAUACCUAAAAGCAGUGAUCAAGGAGACUCUCCGCUUGCAUCCUCCAAUCCCAUUACUGGUUCCUCGAAUAUCAAUGCAAGACGUUAAAUUAAAAGGUUACGACAUUCCAGCAAGAACCCAAGUAAUUGUCAACGCUUUUGCAAUAGGAAGAGACCCUGAAUUAUGGGAACGUGCUGAAGAGUUCUGGCCAGACAGGUUCUUGAAUAGUUCCAUUGAUUUCAAAGGACAGGACUUCGAGUUGAUACCGUUUGGAUCAGGCAGGAGGAUUUGUCCAGGCGUACAGUUUGCGAUGAGCACAGAUGAACUUGCAUUAGCAAAUCUUCUAUACAAGUUCGAUUGGGCAUUGCAUGGUGUAGCUAAAGGAGAGAAUUUGGACACUGCUGAAUGCACUGGUCUCACCAUACACAGAAAAUUUCCUCUUUUUGCUGUUGCAACGCCAUAUGAUUGUUGAUGGGAUCUAAUUUUCUAGUCUCCGCUAUUUAUUUAAUUGUGUUCGUCUCUUUCCUAUCACAGCAAAUCUUGUGUAAACCAGGAAAUUUACGAUAAUAGCAAUAUUUACAAUCUAAGCAAUGUGAUUCGUAUUUAGUCUA